GCAAAUCAGCGUGUUCUUAUUCUACCCGCCUUCUCAUUCCCUCUCUCUGUUUCUCUUCUCUCAUUCUAAUUUUCCCGAGAAAAUAUACAAAAUCACGCCAUCCAAACAGAAAAUCAAUAUGAAAGCAUAUAACAACAGUCAUUCAUUCGUAUCGCAUUGUUUCGUAUGCGUUUUUUUGAUACUUUUAGUUUUCGUAAUCUCUGAUCGUUUGUUCAGCUCAGUUUUCAGCUUCUCUGCUGAUUAUCAAAACAAUUUGAAAUUUGAAGUACGUGGAUACUCGUCGGAAAACUCAUCGGUUAACGCAGUUCAAUUGCAAACUAAAGUCAUAACGAGCAGCUCCGAUCAAAUUCAGUUUCUUCAUGAUGAUUCUUCUCCGGUACUCAACAGAUUUCGAAACGCUACCGUUACUGUUACUAGGAAAAAAAUCUCAAAACUAGACAGAGAUGAAGAGCAGCUUGAACAAGGACUAGCUAGAGCUCGAGCUUCAAUCCGCAUGGCCGUUACCGGAACCAAUAACAGCGUUGUCAAUCAAAGCGACGUCGUUAAUGAUAUGAUAUAUCGUAACCGCGCCGCAUUUUUUCAGAGCUAUAUGGAGAUGGAGAGAAGAUUCAAAGUCUACGUGUACUCAGAAGGGGAGCCGCCAAUAGUCCACGAUGGGCCAUGUAAGCACAUAUACUCGAUCGAAGGGAGGUUUAUACAGGAGAUGGAACAUGGAGCGAGGAGGUAUAAAACAAGGGAUGCUAAGCGUGCCCACGUUUAUUUCAUGCCCUUCAGCGUGACCUGGAUGGUAAAGUAUCUGUAUAAACCUCUUUCAUAUGAUCAUACACCACUAAAGCAGUUUGUGGCUGAUUAUGUUAGAGUGGUUUCUACCAAAUAUCCCUUUUGGAAUAGAACUCAUGGAGCUGACCACUUUAUGCUAGCUUGUCACGACUGGGGUCCGCAUGCAUCAAGAGGCAAUCAAAUUCUUUACAACACAUCAAUUCGAGUCCUGUGCAACGCCAAUACUUCUGAAGGUUUCAAUCCACAAAAAGAUGUAAGCCUCCCUGAAAUCCACCUCCUUAGCGGCAAUGUACCAACCAAACUCCAAUCACCGCCACCUUCCAACACCACCCGUCCUUACCUCGCAUUCUUCGCCGGUGGACUUCACGGUCCAAUACGUCCGUUUCUCCUCGAUCAAUGGAAAGACCGCGACUCCGAUAUUCGCGUGUUCGAGUACUUACCUAAAAACUUAGACUAUCAUUCAUUUAUGCUGCAAUCCAAAUUCUGUCUAUGUCCAAGCGGGCAUGAAGUGGCUAGCCCUAGAAUUGUUGAAUCCAUUUACGCUGAAUGCGUGCCUGUGAUUCUGUCGGAUCAUUAUGUGCUGCCAUUUAGUGAUGUUUUGCAAUGGGAUGCGUUUUCGAUACAGGUGAAUGUAUCGGAAAUUCCGAGACUAAAGGAGAUUUUGAGAUCAGUCCCGGAUGAGAAAUAUGAGAGGCUUAAAGAGGGUUUAAGAGGUGUUAGGAAGCAUUUUGUGUUGAACCAGCCAGUUAAGAGAUUUGAUGUGUUUCAUAUGAUUUUGCAUUCUAUUUGGCUUAGGAGAAUAAAUUUUAGACUUGGAUCGCAAGACUCAUGAAAAAACUUAGACUGCUACCACAUUUACAUCCUAUAGGAAAGCAAAAGUUCGAUGUAUGUAAGUAUGUAUGUUUGUAUCAUUCUGCCAUUUUCUUAUGGUUUAUAGUUGCCUUUUUUGACCUA